AUAAGUUUCCUGAAUAAUAGUACAGACAAAAUGCACGCCCUCCGAGCAACAUUCCAAAUCGCACGCAUCUUCCAGUCCUGCGCGCUGAUUGCCGUCAUCGGCCUGGCGGCCAACUUCAUCGCAGAGAUUGUCAAGAUUAACGCGAAACCGCCGAGCAUUUUGAUUGGGACUAUUACUGUGACUUCCAUCGCCGUGCUAUACUGCAUCCUGACAUCCAUUAUCCUUCUGGAUAAUGUCCUGCCCUUAUUAUACUGUGCGGUUAUUGAUACACUUCUUAUGACGGCGUUAAUCGUCGUCGCGGUAAUUAUCGGACGACCAUUCUCGUAUCUCCAAUGCGCGGGUAUUCCCUCGCUCAUGCGACGAGACGAUGAUACAUCAGCGUAUGCAUUUGCGACGCGGUUGAGCGAGUAUCUAAGCAACUUGAACGGCGGAAAGGUCGACUAUGGAAGUUGGAUCGGAAUAUCGAGGGAAGUAUGUUUGGAGGCCAAGUCGAUUUGGGGGUUGAGUAUUGGGUUAUGUGUGUUAUUCUUCUUCUCAGCAGCCUGCAGUGGAUAUCUCUGGCGCAUGAAGAAAAAGGCCGCGACUGGGGUAGAGAAAUUGGACGGAUAGUCGCACUGCACCGUAUCGCAUGAUUGUCUUUCCAUUGUUGUAUCGUAAUCAAUCACCCCGAACUAACCGGGGGAAUAAUCGCAACCUCAUCUCCAGCCUGAAUCACCCUUCCUUCACUUUGAUAUUGUUCCGCCUCUUCAACAUCUACAUAUUCAUCACCAA